AUGAAAGGUGCACCAGAUGAUGUACCAGAAGAGAAUAGUGCUGUAAAACAUGGGGCUGAAGAUGACAAGGCUUGGCGAAGGUUUCGGCGUCACAUACUAAGAAGUAUAAAAGACUUUAACAUACUUGUUAGGCAGGAAUCCACGCGGAUCCCGCCAUACCGCACGUCUUCAGGCGCUGCUAUGGCCGAUAAGCCUGGCCUGCACGAGGUUGGCCCAGAAUUCGUGAUGCUUGCCGGUCCGGCAUCAAGACGAGAUCUGAUUGGUCAACAAUCUGGACCCAACAGCUAA